UCUUCUCACGCUCAUCUUAUCGAAGCCUUUAAAAACUCCUAACGACACAAGAAUCAAAAAACAGAACAUAACCGAUAAGAAGAUCCGGCAAUGUCAGGUCCGACCCGAAAGAACAUGGAGCGUAUUAAAGGUCCGUGGAGCCCAGAAGAAGACGAUCUAUUACAGAAGCUGGUGGAGAAACACGGUCCGAAAAACUGGUCUCUGAUCAGCAAAUCUAUCCCUGGACGCUCCGGCAAGUCUUGCCGCCUCCGGUGGUGUAACCAGCUAUCUCCGGAGGUCGAGCACCGUGGUUUUUCGCCGGAGGAAGACGAGAUGAUUGUGCGAGCGCACGCUCGGUACGGUAACAAGUGGGCGACGGUCUCUCGUCUCCUCAGUGGAAGAACUGAUAACGCCGUCAAGAAUCAUUGGAACUCGACGCUCAAGCGAAAAUGCACACCUGAAGGGCAUGAUGGUAAUUUAGGAGAAGAGCAGCCGUCGAAGCGCGCGGCGAGCGGUGGUGUGUGUACCGGGUUGUAUAUGAGCCCCGGGAGUCCGGCGGGAUCUGACGUCAGCGCAUCGGACGGUGGAGAUCCUCCGACGUAUCUAAGCUUGUCUCUUCCUUGGAAUAACGGUUGCGAUACGGAGACGGUUGGGAUCAACGGGGAUACGGUUAUCGACGGUGGUUACACGGCGGAGCUAUUCCCGGUGAGAAAGAAGGAGGAGAGAGGGAUAGUCGGUGGUGAGUUCAUGACGGCGGUGCAGGAGAUGGUUAGGACGGAGGUGAGGAGUUAUAUGGCGGAGUUACAGCGAGGGAACGUCGGUGGUGGUUUGUGUAUACCUCAAAGUGUAAACAGCUGUCGUGUCGGGUUUAGAGAGUUUAUAGUGAACCAAAUCGGGAAGAUGGAGUAGUUUAUAUUAGUUUGAGAGAAGAAGAAAGGAGAAACUUUUAUCUC